GCCGUCACUCACUUCGCUCUCAUAAUCUUCUCUCUACAUUACUCACCUUAUCUAGCCCUCCUCUCUGCCGAUCUCUCUAGCAUCCUUCCGGCGACGAUUUCCAAUGGUUCUUCAACGGUUGCCUUCCUCCUAUAUUUGGAGUUCCUUGGCAUGGUUAUUUCUCCCUGUGUUGUUGAUUUGAGCCGCAAGGGCUCUCUCAACGUAUCUGCUUUGGCUUACCGGGGAAAAAAUAUUGUGGCAAGUUGAGAAGGCGAGCCUGAUGGAGAUUGCAAGCUCCCUUGUGUACAAAGUGGUUGCUUGCUGGCCAAUCUGUCAGGAAAGCGAGCAAGCACCCAUGGCUUAUGUUUAUCCCAAAAUCGCACGAUCUCUGCGAAUUCUACAACCCUACUGACCGCAUAUCCUAUUACCUCAAAGUUCCGGCAAUGAAGAGCAACGUUGUCUACUAUUGCAAAGAUGAUUGGAUUCGCUAUUUCUGCCUUGUAAGCCGGCGCCAUUUCCUCUUCCACCCGUAUAGCGGAAACACUGUUAGCUUCCCUAAACUGAAUCGGAACAGCGAAGUUGCGGCAUUUUCAGAUACGCCAACUUCGCCUUCUUGCGUCGUAUUCUCAGUAACACAAUGGUGGGGCAACACCGUCUGUAUCAGCAUUUGCCGUCCUACAGAUAAAGAAUGGAAGAACUACGAAUUCAAUGUUCUGUCGCAGGCUGGCCAAUUGGGUUUCAAACAGAUAGCUUACUAUGAAGGAUCUCUAGGAAAACAAGCAACGAAUCGAGCCUCAAAAUCGAGGAUUUUCCCAGGAGGCCAAAUAAACAGGCCAAAGAGUCGGAUGUUCCAGACGUGCUUUUGGAAAAGAUACUCUCGCGCCUAA